AUGCCAGCCUUCAAAAAUAUGCUGGUGUUCACACUCUUUGCCAUCUUGGAUUUGACCCAAUGUCAACAGUUACCAAGCUUUGAUCUCCUGGAGGAGUUCCGGGUGCCCAAGUCCAGAGGAGUGAGGAAGGUAGAAGGCUCUGAGCCUGAUGCCGUGGCCUACCGCGUCAACCCCUCCAUCCAUCUACGAAAAACCAUGAGUGAUGUGUACCCAGAUGGACUGCCCUCCGACUACUCCGUAAUCGCAACAUUUAAGGUGACCAAGGACGCUGCCAAAAAGUCCUGGAACCUGUGGCAGGUCAGUGACCCUGAGGGACGGGACCAGGUGGGCCUGCGUUUCCAGGGUGACACGCGCUCGUUGGACUUCUUCUACACCAGCCCCCAUGGGAGCCAGAUGCUGAGGACUUUCCAUGGGGUGGAGAAGCUGUUUGACGGAGAAUGGCACAAGCUGGCGCUGAGUGUAAAGGGCAGCCAGGUGAAGCUGCUGGUAGACUGCAGUGAGGUCAGUGUGGAGCCCAUCGAUGAGCCACGGCCAGUCAUCCGCAGAGGGUACACCUCCAUCGUGAAGCGGGCAGUAGGAGAUCGCUCUGUGUCUGUGGACCUUCAGCAGAUGGAGGUGUCCUGUGACCCAGAGCAGGCAUAUUCAGAGGGUUGCUGUGAGCUCUCUAGUGUGUGUGGAGGGUACGCAGAGAUUGGCCUAACAGCCGGAAGAGCGACUUGCAAAUGCAUGCACGGACAACCUGGAAUUCAGGGACCUCCAGGACCAAAGGGUCACAGAGGUCUUCCAGGAAAUCCGGGAGAGCCAGGAAGACAAGGAAAUUGGGGGAUCAUGGGAAACACAGGAGACUAUGGUCACAUUGGCGAGACGGGCCCAAAGGGUGAGGAAGGAAUAAAAGGCGAAAAAGGAAUGAGAGGACUCCGUGGCCGCGUGGGUGACAGAGGACCCAAGGGACUGAAGGGAUUACAAGGAGCAGGUGGUUUCAAGGGAGUUCGGGGACCACCGGGAGACAUUGGAGAGAGCGGCGAGCCAGGAGAAGUUGGUGCUCAAGGUGAAACCGGAUAUGAAGGGAUUCCCGGGUAUCAAGGAGUUAAGGGAGAAGAAGGGGCCUCUGGUGCAGAGGGGCUUCCUGGGCCCCAGGGAAAGCAGGGUAUUAUUGGAGACCCUGGAGAGAGAGGAGCUGCUGGAGAGAAAGGACAGCCCGGUGUCCAAGGACCUAAGGGUAGAGUUGGAACCACUGGACCAAAGGGCAUUAUUGGAGAUCCUGGUAUGCCAGGAAGAGAUGGGGAUCCAGGAAUAGAGGCUUACCAAGGACCACAGGGUCUCAGUGGCGGAACUGGUCAAACUGGAACAAAGGGAGAGAAAGGUGUCCUGGGGCCACCAGGAGAAAUGGGUCCUCAAGGCCGAACUGGCCCAAGAGGUUACAAAGGUUCUGCAGCGAAGCCAGGAAGACCUGGAUUUAUUGGCCCCCCAGGACCUACGGGACAUGUGGGCCUGCCCGGCAAACCAGGGCCCAAGGGAGACACAGGAAUCCAGGGAAUCCAAGGUGUCAAGGGUGCAAUGGGACAAAAUGGACAAAAAGGCCCAAAAGGACAGGUUGGAGAUCCAGGUGAGCAGGGACCACAGGGAGGACGGGGAAAGCGUGGCCCAGCCGGCCCACCUGGACGUUCAGGUCCUGUUGGAGUGAAAGGGGUUCGAGGUGAAGGAGGACCAGAUGGUUUUCAGGGUCCCCCCGGCCCACCGGGCCCAACCCUCGCUGCUCAACACGUGAUUGAGGUUUGCAAGAGAGUGGUACUGGAACAGAUGUCCACGUUUGCCAACUCAGUGAAGAGGACAUGUGCUGCUGUUUGUCCUCUGUAUGGGGACGUGCCCAUGGGUGCCCCCGGUCCCCCUGGACAGAAGGGACCACCUGGACUGCCUGGUGACCCUGGUAUUGAUGGCAUCGAUGGAGAAGUGGGCCAACAGGGUUUCUAUGGAGAAGCUGGAGAUCCAGGCAAACCAGGAGAAAUAGGUGACAGAGGAGAACAAGGUGAUAAAGGAGCGAAGGGCCACGGCCUCCCUGGCUACAUCGGAGACCAGGGACCGAAGGGUCAGCGUGGACGUCCCGGCAGAGCCUUUAACGGCGAGCCAGGGAAGCAGGGUGAGAGGGGACACGUAGGCCGUCCAGGACUCAGGGGUCACCAGGGUCUCAGAGGAGUGCCAGGUAUCUGUAUGACCUCUGGGUGCGAUCUGCUCAAUCCCCCAAACGGAACAACUCAGCCAGCACCCCAGAGGCCGAGAAGUCGCCCCUAGAGAAAAAACUUGAAAGUUUGGACAGAGUCAGCCCUACAUGGACAGUGAUCUGGAGAUGUAGUUGAUGGGAGUAAAAGAUGGCAAAUUAUUUUUUGUUAAUAGGUGUAUGUUAAAAACUUGAAAAAUAAACCGAUUUAAUGUAAAUAUACAACUGAAGCCAGAAGAGACGAGAAUGUUUUAACUUCUGUCAACAUUAUGAUUUACAAUUCAAUUUAUCACCA